AGCCUUGCUUACAGCUAUAUUGCAGCCAUUUCCAAGCUUUGCAAAAAUGGCGAAACGUUUCAAGCUUAAGUUCUCCAGAGUAAUCACAUCCUUCAAUUCAUGCCGCUCCAAGGACCCAUCCACUUUCCCCUCCAAUCCUGUCCCUUCAUUUCUCGGACUUUCUUCGGUCAAACCCCAUCUCCCACCUCCAUCAAAGUCUUCCUCCAUCAAGCGUCAUAUGUCCUCAGCCUUCGCUUCAAUCACCAGCGGCUUCAGAUCACGAUCCACUACUGCACGUUACCUCUCUGAGACCGACCACACCAAAUCACCACCUCCUCCUCCUACGCCUGAGUUCCACUGGGAAAGAGAAGACAAAUGGCACGUUGUGGCCAAGAUGUACGACGAAAAUCCUCGUCGGAAAGUUUGUAACACUUUGGUUUCCUGUGAGUUUGAAAACGAUAGCAUUUUUCUUCCUCCACCUCCUCCUCCCAACACCGAGAGGACGAAAAGAAGACGGAUUAAAAAGAAGAAGAAAACAAUGCCGAGAAUCCGUGUCAGCAGUUCGUCAACUGAUAGUGGAUUAUUCAGCAGUGAAGGUUUAGAUGAUGAUAAUGAUCCAGAAAAUGGUAUGGGCAAUGAGGAAACGGAAACAUUAGUCUCAUCAACCAAAAGUUUCUCUACUGAUUAUUCUUCGCCAGAUCAGUUCGGCACCCAUUUGGAAACCAUACGUGAAUCUCCAUUUAACAGGAUAAGUAAUCGCAAGAAGAGGGUUAAAAGGGCAAAAAGAUACGUUAACAGAAAGGCAAGAAAGAGUAUUGAUGAGUCACAGUCAUCUCCGGCCAGAUUGUCGAGGUUUCAAUGGCUGAUACCGUGCACGGUGGAGGGGAAGGUAAGGGAGAGCUUCGCAGUGGUGAAGAAAUCAGAGGACCCAUACAAGGACUUCAAGAGAUCGAUGAUGGAGAUGAUAUUGGAGAAGCAGAUGUAUGAAGUGAAUGAUUUGGAGCAACUGUUGCAGUGUUUCUUGUCUUUGAAUUCUAGGCGUUAUCAUGGGAUUAUUAUCGAGGCAUUCUCUGAGAUUUGGGAGGAUUUGUUCUGUAAAAAUUCCAUUAAAAAAGGAGUUCCUAGAUCUGUUUGAAUUAGUUAAAUUAAUGAAUCAAAUUAUAAUAAGAGAACACUCUUGUUCUUCCUCUUUA